AUGGGUGUCGGCCUAUCAGUUCUGAUAGGGUUGAAAGCAGCAGUGCUCUUCGUCUUCUUCGCAAACCUGAGAAGGUUAGCUUCUCACCCAUCCAUAGACCUUCCCAUGCUGUUGGGCAAGAACCCAGAUGGGAGUUUCCCAAUUUGGUCAAUCAUUAUGUUCAGCCCAUAUUUGUAUUUUGUCCGAUUCUUCUCGGCAUUGCGAAGAUUGCUCAGUGGAGAGGCUCCUUAUAGUGAAAUCUGCGAGGGUUUGUAUGUCGGCGGAUGGCCUUCUUCCCCCGAUAAACUGCCACCAGAUGACCCUGCCAUUGUUGAUUGCACCUGUGAGUUGCCAAGAAGGCCGGAGUUUUCAGGGCAUUCUUAUUUGUGUGUCCCGACAUGGGACACAAGGGCUCCUCAGCCGGCCGCCAUUGAAUCCGCUGUCAAAUGGGCUUGUCGAAAGAGGGACCAGAAAAGGCCUGUUUUGGUCCACUGUGCGUACGGUCAUGGAAGAAGUGUGGCUGUAAUGUGUGCACUAUUAGUUGCUCUUGGGGUGGCAGAGGAUUGGAAAAACGCUGAGAAAUUAAUUCGAGAAAAGCGUCCUUACAUAAGGAUGAAUGCUCUACACCGCAGGGCUCUAGAAGAGUGGUCAAAACAUCGGUUGUCUCCUUCUCAGAAGAAUGGAUAA